UCAAUGACAUUGUCAUCUCUGACAUGAAACUACAUUCACAGCCUACAUAGACUAGAGCAACUCUGUACCGCCUGCCACACAAGUGGAGACUACGCGGGCGUAGUACAGCUUCUGAGGGACAUAGUACACCACCCGCUGAGCCUUGUGAUUCCCAGCAACGCUGCGGGAACGUAAUUCUACCCAGCUAGAGCCAUCCGUAUGCCAGAUAUCUCGCACUCUUCCUCAGCCAGAUGAAACUUCGGUGUGUCACAGCGCUCCCAUUGUUUCACCCAAUGUUGGGUGCGUGCGGUCAACUCGCAACCCUUCAGUGUUACACCAGUUAUCUGUAGCCAAUCAUAGACGUGACUUCCAAGGAUUUAUAGUCUGCGUUCCAUUCGAGACUUGUUACACACAUCGGUGGCAUCGUCUGCUAUAUAUACGGAGAGUUCAAAGAAAAACGGAAACGAAACACAAAACGAAACAAACACACGGAACACCUUCGACCACGUGCCCUAUGACGGUUAAUCUCUGCCAAUGAAAGUGGGCUCAUUGCCUCCAGCGUGGAACUCGUCAAAGUAUCUCUUAUCUCUGAGACAGCUGCCACAUCCACGAUUUUUUGUCACCUCUUAUGCUGUGAUCGUGGCAAGGGCACAAGUACGGAACAAGUACGAGAUGAACUUUGUACAUGCGCGAUAACUCGAAAAGACUCUCUGGAACGUCCUUUGUAUAUGCAUCCCACACCUAGAAGACCGAUCACGGAAAUUCAGAGUGUCGAACGCUUGAUUUUCACUUAUUGCGUCGUUAUGGCUUCAGCUGAUCCUUUUCCAACCUUCUUCUGGACGUAAACAAACACUUCUAUUAUAUACGGACUCCUGGCUGGACAUUUAGCCAAUGGCGAAGACACUCACCAUAUUGAACAUAUGGAAUUGAGUCCACUCCUUUUGGUUUAAUCCUGUAAAAUGUCAAUUAACGCCGCGACUACACAAUAGUCGAUGAUCCGUUCAUUUUUUCAGCUGGUUCAACAGUUUUUGCGGAAGCCUUCUUUCACAAAUCCAGAUAUCCUUCCGCGUCACUCCUUCCUGUUUUCAACCUCUCGUACAUUCUAGCGCUAUGGAAGGCGGAAGUUCAUCAAGCUUGUGAAAAGUAGGUGCUAUACUGUAUAUGCGGAUCAAUUACUCCUGUUAGGGGUGUAGAGGCUUCAGACAAAAACCCAUCUCAAUCUCUUCUCCAGCUUUGUUUUGGCGCCCAAACAGCACCUGAGGCUUAUAUAUUUCCCUUUCCAUUCUUCGAUUUGAUUGGCUUACAGUGGGUACAGUACUUCAAUGGUCUUUAUCUCCUGCAUGUAUUGUUAGUGUCAUGAUACCGAUAGUAUUAAUAUAGUCGUUGACUU